CUACACUGGCCAGAAUGCAGUGCGGUCUAAACACGAAAUUUGAUUGGCUGGUGAGAAAAACGUUUCCGGAAGUAGCGCUUCGGAUUACAUUUGCCGACUGAAAUUCCUCCUCAUGACAAUCUGCUUUUGAGAUUCCAACUAAAGAACAACUUUAUUUCUAUAGAAAACUGUCUCAUGGCCGGCAGAAGAGUUGUGGUCUUCCCCUCCUCAGCGGAGCUUGGACCGGUGCUGGCCCAACUGGUGACAUCUCGGGCUGAGAAGGCCAUCAUCUCUCAUGGCCGGUUCACCCUGGGGCUCUCUGGAGGAAGUCUUGUGUCCAUACUCAGCAAAGAGCUGCCCGCCCUGCCAGACCUGGACUGCAGCAAGUGGGUGGUUGCGUUCUGUGAUGAGCGACUGGUUUCCUUCGAUGACCCUGAGAGCACCUACGGGCUGUACAAGGGUCAGUUGUUUUCCAAGGUCAACAUCCCUGACAGUGGGAUCUUAACCAUUGACUCCUCUCUGGCGGUCAACGAGUGUGCUGAGGAUUAUACCCGCAAAUUGAACCAGGCCUUCCCAGAUGGUGACGUCCCAGUGUUUGACCUGUUACUGCUGGGUAUGGGACCUGAUGGACACACCUGCUCCCUAUUCCCAGACCACCCUCUCCUGGAGGAAACCAAGAAGAUUGUGGCCCCCAUCAGCGACUCUCCCAAACCACCACCACAGCGUGUAACUAUGACCUUUCCAGUGGUGAACUCUGCACGCUGUGUGGCUUUUGUAUCAACAGGAGGAAGCAAAGCACCCGUUUUAAAGGAAGUGCUAGAGGGUAGAGAGGGUCCAGCUUUUCCGGCGGCCCGUGUUGUCCCAACUAACGGCGAGUUGUUCUGGCUUGUUGAUGACCCUGCAGCUGCCUCCUUAACUAUCCAGGUGGAAAGGCUAAGUGCGGGGGCCAAACUCUAGAGCUUUCUAUCUGCCAAAUGAAGGCUUAAGGUCAACACUGGUGUGAAAACCUCAAUGAGGAAACAAAACAAAAUUUUGCCAAACAUUCCUACUUUCACAUGAAAACGGUUUACGUAGGUGACAUUCUAAGAGAGGAAAGAGAAACAAAAAAAAGUGUGUGUGUGUGAGAGAGGGUGUUGGUGUCCAGAUAGCUCAGUUGGUAGAGCGGACGUCCAUUGAUAGAGGUUUACCCCUCGUCUCAGCGGGCCUGGGUUUGACUCCGACCUGCAGCCCAUUGCUACAGGUCAUUCCCCCCUCUCACUUUUAUGUCUUCUGUCCUGUCAAAAGUAAAGGCCAAAAAUGCCCCAAAAAAUCUAUUAAAAAAUUAUUAUUUUUAGUUUUUCUCGUUUGUGAAGUUUAGGAAGUUGGAUGUUCAUAAAACACAAAACAGUCCACUUGUAUGACUAAGUUAUUAUUUUGAUGAACUGUAUAGAAAAAAAUAAGGGAUAUUUGUUCUGUUUGAUUCUGAGCUUGGAGUUGCCUUCCCAUCGAAAAUAUCCAAUAGUCACUUCUGACGCUGAAAAUGAACCCUCAUUUGGAACUUGAGUGCAUCUUACAACCAUCUGUAACACCUAAUUUCAUUAGCAAUCUAGAGAAAUAAAAUGUUUAUCAAACA